AUUUUACCAGCUGCAGUGUUCAGAGAGAAGCACAACUUCUAUCUGCAAACACCUUGUUAGUUUCUUACAGUCAAAUAGCUCCAAGUCCGUGCAUUUCCUCACUCACUCGAUCUUAACUGAACGAUGGCGAAGUACGAAGAAGUGAGUGUGCGUGGCUACGAUGAAUUCUGCAAAGCUGUGUCUGAGAGAAAAGGAAAGGACAUUUUUGCUUAUUUCUCUGGUGAUAAAGACGCCCAAGGAAAGAGCUGGUGCCCAGACUGUGUAACAGCUGAGCCGGUUGUAAGAGGGGAGAUGAGUCACCUUCCCGAGGGCUCUGUCUUCAUCUACUGUCAAGUUGGACAAAGGGCCUACUGGAAGGAUCCAAAUAAUGAGUUCAAGAAGACGCUGAAGCUGAGCGGAGUUCCCACUCUACUGCGAUAUGGCACACCUCAGAAGUUGGUGGAGGAUGAAUGCUUCAAAGCUGAGCUGGUGAAGAUGAUGUUCACUGAGGACUGAGAGAUCCUGCACGUUGCACAUCAGUCACAAAGCAUUCAAGAUUUAUUCACUGUUAUGAAAAAAAUCUCAUUAAUCACAAUUCAAAUAAAGGAAUACUGAAUAUUGAUAAGGAUGCAGAAGGUUCAUCUUCCACUGUAAUAUGAAACAAAUCAGCAACUGUGUGAGUUUACAACCCUAACAAUGACCGUCCUUUGUAAUCCACAGCUAUAUGUGUACUGGAAUAUGUGCAGGAUGAUCACAGAAUGGAUGUAAUUCAUUAAACACGUGUGUCUUGUUAUGCUUUAUAUGCAAUCACUCAAUCCUGAGUGGUAAUUUCAGUUGAUACAUUUCUUCAAAUGUAAUCUAGCACACUAGUUGAUUAUAAGAAUAUGUUGGGAUUUU